AUGGCGAAAACCGACUACGACGACGCAGUAUCAUUGAAACUCAGAAAUGGGAACUUUUUUGAACUGCGUGAGGACUCGAUGCCCGAGUCCAUCAAACGCGUAGAUCGAGCCCUCAAAGAAGCCAGUACAAUAUUCAAAGAUAUCACUAAAUUAAGAAUGCCUAAUCCAUCGUUACCACGCAUCAGAUGCCAGCCCAAGAUACAUAAGGAAGGACACGAAAUGCGUGAGAUAAUCGCCGACUCGAACUCACCAACCUUCAAAAUUGCGAAAUGGUUAGUCCACGAAUUUUCAGUCCUGGGAAACACAUUGAGCAAAUACGCAAUAAGGAACACGGGUGAACCCACUAGCAAACUACAAGAAGCAGGGCACAUAAACACAAACGAAAUGAUGGUAUCAUUCGAUGUUAAAUCCUUGUUCCCAAACACUCCGAUCAAACCAGCUAUUCACCAACUAGAAAUUUGGCUGAAUAAAUUGAACAUCACAAUUGAUUGGAGGGCCAAAGUGAGACAAUACCCUAAAUUGGCAUCACUAUGCAUGGGUGAAAAUUAUUUCACAUUUCCUGAAAAAUUUUAUAAAACCACAGCGGGAGUCUCCAUGGGCAACCCAAUGUCACCACUGGUGACGGAAAUGUUUAUGGCAUACGUGGAAACAAUCAUCGAAGAAAAGGGGAUAAUGCCGAGGAUUUGGUUCAGGUAUGUCGAUGAUAUAUUUGCCAUAGUUGAAAAGGACAGGGUAGACAACACGUUAACAGAAAUUAAUAGGAUACACCUGAAGAUCCAAUUCACAAUAGAAAAAGAAGAACAUGGAUCGUUACCAUUUUUGGACCUACGAGUAACUAACAAUAGCGGAAAACUCGAAUUCGAGAUAUACAGGAAGCCAACGGCAACCCAAAGAAUGAUACCAGCAACUUCGGCUCAUACCGCAACACAAAAAAUGGCUGCCUACAAUUCAAUGGUGCACCGUCUCUGCACAUACCCCCUAAACAAAGAUGGCUUCCAUAAAGAAAGAAUGUUCAUACUUGAUACAGCUAUCAAGAAUGGUUACACGGUCGAAAUAAUCGAAAAGCUGAUCAAGAGAAAGCAAGAGCAGAUAUGGAAGAACCAACAUUCAACAUUGUUCGAGCAAGAAAGCACUCUAGCUGAUACAAAAUGGGUGAGCAUAUCAUUAUCCAAAGACUUUUAUAGAAUAAAAUCCCUCCUAGGAAAAUACGAUAUAAAAGUGGUCGGAUCAAGCAGAGACGCAACCCUUAAAAGAUAA